AUGAAGGUGAUGUUUUUGUUAUCAGUUCUGUCAGUCGUAUCGGCUUUGGAAGUCAGUAAUGAGUGUCAGAGUAAUACCGGUGUCGAGUGGAAAGAAGACCCGACAGAUUGUUCCGUGUUCUAUCUUUGUUACAAUGGACACCGCACUCAAUACUCGUGCCCCGGAAACAUGGUUACAGAUCCCGACAGUAAAGCUUGUGUGCCAAGAGGCUCGAAGCUGGACAAAUGCUCAAACAAAAAAGUACAUGUCCCACAAUGCAACGCUGCUUUGAAGGAGUCCUGUGCCAGAUAUAUUGCCUGCCCCGUUCCGAAAGAGACGGGGACACCAGUUAUACCAGAGGUAAAAGAGUGUCCCUACCCACUACUGUAUGACGAGGAGAAUCAGCGGUGUGCCUACCCAGAAACUGUCAGAUGUGGAGACAGGACCGAACCCAAGGAUCCUUGUGAUUAUAAGGCUAACCAGUGUCAAGGUCCUAAUUGUGUGCCCUGCAGCGCCCGUCACCCCAGUUGUUCCGGACGACCGGACGGUCUUAAUGUAUGGAGCGGGAGAGAGAAGUCUCCUUAUUUUGUUGUUUGUCGAGGCGAACGUGUAAUGUACCAGGGUCUGUGUCCCCAGGGCAAUAAGGGACGGAUCUUUGAUCCCGAGAUAAAGGGCUGCACGGAUAUAUAG